AUGGUUAACAACUACAUACGGAAGACCUAUAGGGCCUCUUGGUCGGAGGAAACAAUGAAAACAGCAAUUGUAGAAGCAAAAAAAUCCUCAAUAAAAAGUGCAUCUCAAAAAUAUGGAAUACCGUAUACUACGCUGCAACGUCAUGUAAAAUCUAAUAGUAGUAUAAAGAGUCUUGGCAGUUUUAAGCCUGUAUUUAAUGAAGAGCAAGAGAAAAUUUUAGAAAAACAUUUAAGGGAUCUAGAUGCACUGUUUUACGGUCUGUCGAGAAAUGAGUUUAAGGAAUUAGCUGGUGAGUAUGCUAAGCGACAGAAUAUACAAACGCCAUUUAAAAACAAUAUUGCCGGUAAACAGUGGUUUAAAAAUUUUUUAAAACGACAUCCCGAUAUUGUUUUAAGAAGCCCAGAGCCGACAUCGGUAGCCAGAUUAUCAGCUUUUAACAAACCAGCUGUGACCCGAUUUUAUGAUUUGUUGGAGACCAUUGUCCAAGAGUAUCAUAUCACUCCUAAUAUGAUAUACAACAUGGAUGAGACAGGUGUGAGGACCUCGUCUACAAAACCACCAAAAGUACUUUCAGUACUUGGUAAGAAGCAGGUCGGCAUGGUGAGCAGCUUAGAGAGGGGUACUUUAACAACAGUAAUCUGCUGCUGUGGCGCAACAGGCUGUUACGCACCUCCCCCAUUUUUUAUUUUUAAAAGAAAAAGGUUUCAGCCACGUCUACUAGAUGGGGCAUGUCCUGGUAGUGAAGGCACCAUAUCAGAUAGUGGAUGGGUAAGCGGAGCAAUUUUCUUAGAGUGGCUAAUAGCUUUUGUGAGUUACGUGCGUCCUACGAGUGAAUGUAAGGCUUUAUUAAUUCUAGACAAUCAUGAGUCUCAUAAAUUUUAUCCUGCUUUAGAAUAUGCAAGAGAUCAUAACGUUAUAUUUUUGUCUAUUCCUCCACACACAUCUCAUAAGUUACAGCUACUUGAUGUUGCUGUCUAUGCACCAUUUAAGGUGGCUUUUGAAAUUGAGAUAAAUAAGUUCCAAAAGCAGUAA